AGCUGGGCUGGUGGUGAUGAGCAGAGCUCUACCCUUGCUGUCCCUCUUGCUGUCCCUCUCUAAUCCUGCUAUGUGUGUGUGUGUGUGUGUGUGUACACAUCUCUUCAAGCCCUGGAGAAAAAAGGGUCGGCUGUGACGCUGGCCCAGAAGCCACACAGAUUGGAAGCUGCGAUGGGGGCGGGUCUGGGGUGCUUUAAUCCUGCCUCCACUGGGAUUACUGGGUAACACGGUCCUGUAAUCUGCACAGUAGCUCUGAGCACGCAGAGCUAUCUCCCAGCAGAGGAAAUCGGCAAGUUGCCCCCGCUUUCCCCAGCGCAGAACAGAGCAGCCAGUGUUUGGGGGCGUAGAGGGAAGAAGCAGCCAGCGCCGUCGCCCCAGUGAGCCCGGCAUUCCCACCUGCUGGCAGAGAUGGACCCCGGGGAGAUCCCCAUCCAGACAGAGCUGGUGGAGCUGGUGCCCAAUGGGAAAUACGCUGUGAACGCCUCGGCCAUCCCCUUGGUGGGGAAUGACAGAUUUGAAGAGCCCCAGCCCACCAUGGCAGAGAUGGAGGAGUUCCUGCCCCAGGGCCCUGACAAGAAGCAGACCCACUUCACGGAUUUCGAAGGGAAGACCUCCUUUGGCAUGUCCGUGUUCAACCUCAGCAACGCCAUCAUGGGCAGCGGCAUUCUGGGGCUAGCCUACGCCAUGGCCAACACUGGCAUCCUCCUCUUCCUCUUCCUCCUGACCACAGUGGCCUUGCUGUCCAGCUACUCCAUCCACCUGCUGCUGAAGUCCUCUGGGAUUGUGGGGAUACGUGCAUAUGAGCAGCUGGGCUACAGGGCCUUCGGCACGCCAGGGAAGCUGGCUGCGGCCACCGCCAUCACACUGCAGAACAUCGGAGCCAUGUCCAGCUACCUGUACAUUGUGAAGUCCGAGGUGCCGCUGGUGAUCCAGACCUUCCUCAACCUGGAGGAGAAGAGCACGGACUGGUACCUGAACGGGAACUACCUGGUGAUCCUCAUCUCCAUCACCAUCAUCCUGCCCCUGGCCCUGAUGAAGCAGCUCGGCUACCUGGGCUACGCCAGCGGGUUCUCCCUCAGCUGCAUGGUCUUCUUCCUUAUCUCGGUCAUCUACAAGAAGUUCCAGAUCCCCUGCCCCCUCCCUGAGCAGGAUGGCAAUGGCACACGCAACCUCAGCAACGCCCAGGGCAGCACCAGCGACUAUCAGAAUGGCUACCCGGUCCUCCAGCCAGCUGCUGCCGGGGCUGCCUGCUCUGCCAGCCUCUUCACACUCAACUCCCAGACAGCCUACACCAUCCCCAUCAUGGCGUUUGCCUUCGUGUGCCACCCCGAGGUGCUGCCCAUCUACACGGAGCUGAAGGACCCCUCCAAGAAGAAGAUGCAGGGCAUCUCGAACAUCUCCAUCGCCGUCAUGUAUGUCAUGUACUUCCUGGCUGCCCUCUUUGGCUACCUCACAUUUUACGGCCGGGUGGAGUCGGAGCUGCUGCACACCUACAGCUACGUGGACCCCUUCGACGUGCUGAUUCUGUGCGUGCGUGUGGCAGUGCUGACCGCCGUGACGCUGACCGUGCCCAUCGUCCUAUUCCCGGUGCGCCGCGCCAUCCAGCAGAUGCUCUUCCAAGGCAAGGACUUCAGUUGGGUCCGUCACACGGCGAUCGCUGUGGUCCUGCUGAGCACCAUCAACCUGCUGGUCAUCUUUGCCCCCUCCAUCCUCGGCAUCUUCGGCCUGAUUGGUGCCACAUCAGCCCCCUGCCUCAUCUUCAUCUUCCCGGCCAUCUUCUACAUUCGCAUCGUACCCAAGGACAAGGAGCCCCCGAAGUCCACCCCCAAGAUCCUGGCUGCCGGCUUCGCGGGCCUCGGCGUGCUCUUCAUGGUCAUGAGUCUCAGCUUCAUCAUCAGCGACUGGGCGAUGGGUGGCGGCAAGAGCGGGGGCAGCCACUAAGAGGGCAACAGGAGGCACCCUCCUGCCCCCGCCCCACGCCCUGGGAGAUGGGGCUGACUGAGCCAUGCUCCCCUGCCCCUGUCCUGCUGCUAGUACUGUCCAGCGACCCGGUCCUCACCACUGCCGAACCAGGGAUGCACCCGCAGCCCUGUGACACUACUGGGAUUUUCCCAGCGCAGGCGAGCCAGCCCUUCGCAGCCAAUGAAUGUAGCAUGGGGGGGCCGAGCAAUCCGUGGGCCUGGCUGGGCUGGGCCAGUCCGGCCGGGGAGCUUCAAGUGCCAGAAGGAGGAGAAGCAGGUCUAAUGGUUGUAGCGUGGGAGUGGGCUCUAUUCCCAGCUCUGCCCUUGUCUGGCUAGGUGAGCUUGCCUCAGUUUUCCCAUCUGUAAAAUGGGGCUGCUACUUCCCUACCUCACUGGGGGCUGGCCGCGAGACGGAGCCGCUCCAUGCACAUGUGGAGCAGCCAGAAGCCCCCCGAUGGCGGUGCCAGCGAGGCAGGCAGAGGAUUGUUCCAGGGGGGAGGGAAACAGGAAGCGAGUGCUGCUAAGUGGGAAGUGACGCAGACAGAGGGCACGUCCUGUCAGGGAACAGC